CCAACUCACCUGAGGUCACCCACGCCAUGUGGGAGCUAUUGAAGCGACCUAAUGUCAAGAUUUCAAGAUACUUACUUAUACAUCAUGAAAGCUGCAACUCUCCGUUAACCAGCUUAUUUUUUGCAAACAGACGAUAACCGAAACUCGGACACUGACCGCUGAAUCCGACACCGCAAUGGACGCGAUAUCAACCUUCAGUUUCGGCAACCUAGGCUGGCUCGCUACCCAGGCUGUCCCGCUCAUCAUAUGGCCAAGGUUCAUCACCAACCUACUCCGCCCCGAAGACUACCAGGCCGCAGGCUCUCUCGAAGAUUAUUUUGCCCGUUCCCUAGGCUUCGCCCUUCUAACCCUGGGCCUUCUCGUCGUGACCCUCACCGGCGCGGUGCCCCUCACAGCCGAAGACCAAACUCCCCCGGGCACCGUCUCCCCUCACGCCAACGCCGCCCUGGUUCUCUCCUCGAUCCACCACGCCUCCGCCGCCUUCUACUGCUACAGCAGGUACUUGCGGACGGGCCAGACGGCCUUCGGCUUCGGUUGUCUCGGCAGCGCCGUCUUCGCCGUCUUCGGCCUUUGGUGCCUCAUGUUCGCCGGCGACAAGUCGCGCCACAGCAAGAAGCACGGCUACGAUAAGGACACGAGCUCAUUUCCCUUCAAGAACACAGAGUCGUACCGCACCAAGAAGAAGGGCAUGUAAGUGUGUGUCGUCCAUCCCCUGACGACGAGGUAAGCAAUGCUGGCUGCCUCGAAAGGUCGUGUUCGAGCAACAAAAAGUAUCACGGGAUACGUAUGGCAUGGUGCCGUCGGUCCAACUAGACAUGUCAAGGACCGGAGCAGCCUUGCUAGAAUAUACAAAUUUUACACAAGAUAUUU